AUGAAGCUGAACAUCUCUUUCCCAGUCACUGGCUGCCAGAAACUCAUUGAAGUGGACAAUGAACGCAAACUUCAUACUUUUUAUGAGAAGCUUAUUGCCACGGAAGUUGCUGCUGACACUCUGGGUGAAGAAUGGAAAGGUUAUGUGGUCCGAAUCGGUGGUGGGAAAAACAAACAAGGUUUCCCCAUGAAGCAGGGUGUCUUGACCCAUGGCUGUGUCUGCCUGCUACUGAGUAAGGGGCAUUCCUGUUACACACCAAGGAGAACUGGAGAAAGAAAGAGAAAAUCAGUUUGUGGUUGCAUAGUGGAUGCCAAUCUGAGCGUUCUCAACUUGGUUAUUGUUAAAAAAAAAAAAAAAGUAAAGAAGGAUAUUCCUGGACUAACUGAUACUAUGGUGCCUCGUCGCCUGGGGCCCAAAAGAGCUGGCAGAAUCUGCAAACUUUCCAAUCUCUCUGAAGAAGAUGAUGUCCGCCAGUAUGUUGUAAGAAAGCCCUCAAACAAAGAAGGUAAGAAACCUAGGACCAAAGCACCCAAGAUUCAGCAUCUUGUUACUUCACAUUUCCUGCAACAUAAAGGGCAGCAUAUUGCUCUGAAGAAGCCGCGUACUAAGAGAAAUAAGGAAGAGGCUGCAGAAUAUGCUAAACUUUUGGGCAAGGGAAUGAAGGAGGCUACAGAGAAGCACCAGGAACAAAUUGCGAAGAGACACAGAUUUUUCUCUCUACGAGCUUCUACUUCUAAGUCUGAAUCCAGUCAGAAAUAAGAUUUUUUGAGUAAC